UCUCACCACCCUUCACCUCCACUCAGCUCUCCCCUCUCUUCUUUCUCUUCCUCUGCACACAGUUCCCUUACAAAUCUGGGUGUUCUUCAACCCGGUCCGUUUGUUAUCCAUGGCCGUCCGUCUGUCCAAGCUGCUAGUUCUCCUAGUUGUAGUACUGGUUGCACAAACCACUACAAGAGGAGGAAGUCGAGCUGCUGCUAGGGUCGACUUCUGGGACUCUGCAAUCCGGUUGCCUUCAGAGAAGGAUGAAACCGAAGGUAUCGAAAAACAAUCCGGGACAACAUGGGCGGUUCUCGUAGCCGGUUCUAAUGGUUACGGAAAUUACAGGCAUCAGGCGGAUGUUUGUCACGCGUAUCAGAUACUCAGAAAAGGAGGGUUGAAGGAGGAGAACAUAGUGGUGUUCAUGUAUGAUGACAUCGCCGCGCAUGAGAUGAAUCCCAGAAAAGGCAUCAUCAUCAACCAUCCACAAGGUGAAGAUGUAUACGCCGGCGUCCCUAAGGAUUACACUGGGGAGCAUGUAACUGCUGCGAACCUGUAUGCAGUACUUCUUGGGGACAAGAAGGCCUUGAAAGGUGGAAGCGGGAAGGUUGUGGCUAGCAAAUCAAAUGACUGGAUUUUCUUAUAUUACUCAGAUCAUGGUGGUCCUGGUGUUCUUGGAAUGCCAAAUAUGCCUUUUCUCUAUGCAAUGGAUUUCAUUAAUGUUUUGAAGAAGAAACAUGCGUCUGGGAGCUACAAAGAGAUGGUUAUAUAUGUAGAAGCAUGUGAGAGUGGGAGCGUUUUUGUAGGCAUAAUGCCCAGCGACCUUAACAUUUAUGUGUCCACAGCAUCAAAUGCAGAGGAGAAUAGCUUUGGGACUUACUGUCCUGGGAUGAACCCUCCACCACCACCUGAAUACAUCACUUGCUUGGGGGAUUUGUACAGUGUUGCUUGGAUGGAGGAUAGUGAGAGACACAAUCUGAAGGAAGAAACAAUAAAAGAACAAUACCAGACGGUAAAGAAACGGACUUCAAAUUCUAAUAACUACAAUAUCGGAUCUCACGUGAUGCAAUACGGGAGUAAAAAUAUCACUCAAGAGAAGCUAUAUUUGUACCUUGGUUUUGAUCCUGCCUCUGUGAACUUCCCUCCAAACAAUGGUCAACUAGAACAGCAAAUGGAAGUUGUCGACCAAAGAGAUGCAGAGAUUUCCUUUUUGUGGCAAUUGUACAAAAGAUCAGAACAUGGAUCGGAAAAAAAGAGGGAAACCUUGAAGCAGAUUAGAGAAACAAUGAAGCACAGGAAUCACGUAGAUGAAAGUAUAAAACUCAUAGGGGCAUUUCUCUAUGGACCUGAGAAUGGCGCUAGGGUACUGAAUUCUGUCAGACCACCAGGGCUGCCUCUUGUGGAUGACUGGGAAUGCUUGAAAUCCAUGGUGCGAGUGUUUGAAACACACUGUGGGUCAUUGACUCAGUAUGGCAUGAAACAUAUGCGGGCAUUUGCCAACAUCUGCAACAGCGGUGCAUCUCAAACCCAAAUGGAGGAGGCAUCUUGGGCUGCUUGUGAUGGUUAUGAUUUGGGCCAUCUUCAUCCUUCAAACAAAGGUUAUAGUGCUUGAAAUAAAUGUCGAAAGUUCGGAGAGUUCAAGUUGUAGGCUUGUAGCAGGAUAUGGAUGUUACAUCCUUAAUAUUUCUAUCUGGAAAAAAGUAUCCAUGUGAAUAUAAAUAUAUAUAGAACUUAUUAUGCUGGGGUGCCGUGUUUUCAAUAGCUGGCCUUCGGCCUUCUGUCUAAUAUCAAUAUUCAAUGUUACAUCUAU